CAGGGACAGCUGCGAGCUAAGGCGGACAAGGGCCAACAUGGAUGUCCCUAGGAACGAGCGGCACCCGGCCACCGAUGAACCAAAGUCGGCCGCCAUCUUGAUCAAACCACCGCCACCAGCAGGGCAUGAUCCACGACAGGCGUCCAAGUCCGCGGCCUUAAAGCCUUUCAUUCCCUUCCGUCCAAAGCCGAAGGUUCCAGUUUCCCCUGUUGAUGACGUGGGUUUCUUUGGAACCGUGUUCGCGUCCUUCCUCACCCGCCUGGUCUGGAAGGCCUUCAGGGGUAAACUGACCUCCAGUGACCUCGGCAAGGGCUCUCCGCACGACAGUAUAGACAAGAACGCAAACAGGUUGUACAGAAUUUGGACGGAGGAGGUCACCAAAAAAGGACAGAAGGACGCUUCUAUGCCGAGCGUCUUCUGGCGGUUUCUCCGCACCCGACUGGCUGUAUCCAUGGCCACCGGUGUCCUGUAUUUCGCGACGUACUUUGUCAUAUCGACCUUCUUUGUCCAAUGGAUCCUACAAUACACGGCAGCAUCGGACCCUCCUCUAUGGCGGGGCAUCGCGCUAGUCGUGGGCAUGUUCGUGCUAGAGGUGAUCCGCACGCUCGCAUUCGGAUGUACACAGGUGGUGGGGGACCGUGCCGGCGCGAGGGUCGUAGCUGCUGUCAUCGGCAUGGGCUACCACAAGAUCAUGCGUCUGCAGAGCCUGAAGGGUAAAACUGUCGGCGAGCUUGUGAACUUGUUGGCUACGGACUCCUUCCGCGUCGGGGAGUUGACGAAGGACGCGGGCUUCCUGCUGCUCUUCCCGCUGAUGAUAUUUCCCCUGAUCGGGUACUCUGUGCACGUCAUGGGCCCCUGGGCACUGCUGGGCAUCGGCGUCACCAGUCUCCUACUGCCUAUAGAGAUGCUUCUGGGAGUGAAGAUUAUGAAUCUGAGAGAGAGAUGUGUGAAGAUCGCUGACGAGCGAGUGCGCAUGACAAGUGAGAUGCUGAACAGCGCCAAACUUAUCAAGAUGUACGCCUGGGAGAAACCAUUCAUCGCUAGGGUGGAGGAGCUGAGGGCCCGAGAGACAAAACUGCUGCAGUUCUCGGGGUUUCUCCAGUCAGUGAUGAUCGCCAUGUUGACAACAGUCGUGCCGAUCGCCAGUGUCGUCACCUUUAGUGCACACGUCAUGACCGGAAAUGAGCUCACAGCUUCGCAGGCCUUUACGAUGGUGUCCUGCUUCCAUGUGCUGGCCCUCCUGCUCCUGCUCACUCCCGAACUCAUCCGGAACCUAGCGGAAUGCGCCAUCUCUGCAAAGCGACUCAAGGGGACGCUACUGGGGGUUUGCGGGAGUGUUGGGGCGGGGAAAAGCUCCCUCAUCGCCGCCAUUCUGAGGGAGAUGCGGGCGGUGCAGGGAGGCGUGGCCGUGGACGGGGAUAUCGCCUAUGUGGCCCAGCAGGCCUGGAUACAGAACGCCACCGUUAGGGACAACAUUCUGCUGGGAAAACCCUUCGAUGCCAACAGAUAUGAGAUGACAGUCCAAGCCUGCUGCCUCAAACAGGAUUUUGAGCAGCUUCCCGGGGGAGACAUGACAGAGAUCGGUGAGCGGGGAAUCAACCUGAGUGGUGGUCAGAAGCAGCGUAUCAGUCUCGCGCGUGCGCUGUACGCGGAUAGGGACAUCUAUCUGCUGGACGACCCUCUGAGCGCGGUGGACGCUCAUGUCGGUGAGCACAUCUUCAGACACUACAUCAAGGAAACACUGCGAAGCAAGACGGUUAUACUGGUCACCCACCAACUACAGUACCUGAGUGAGUGUGAUGAGGUGGUGUUGCUGAAAGACGGGCGGGUGGCAGGGCAGGGUCCUCACCGCCGGCUGGUGACCAUGAACGCGGAGUACGCCGAAAUGAUCCGGAGUUACCUGGAUGAAGACAGGACAGACGGCGAGGACGGAGCGAAAAGUUCCAACCCAGUCCCCACAUCACCAAGUUUCCUAGAUGUACCCGGCCCCUGCCUGGACCUGCACCAAACCCCGAUGAGCCGGAAGGACAAAUCGCGUUGGUCUAUCAGAUCACUAGACGCCCCCAAACGCCGCCCGGGGGCCGACCGUUUAACAGCGACACCUGGCGGCGGGCAGAAGUAUUCCAUCCACGCCACCCCUCGUCUCGUUCGCCGCAGGUUAAACAGCAAAGAAAAGCCCGUGUUUCCACCACUUCCGAUACAACGAACAAACAGCAUCCGCAGUCGCCAACCAUUCAUUCAACACUCAUUCACAUCCAGCACGGCAGGCAUGUUUUUAGAACAGCAGGGUUUGGACAUCGAGGAACAAAACGAGCAAGAAAAGGCGUUAAAAGCAGGAAACCUUACUCAACAAGAGGAGAUGGAAGCUGGAAAAGUGAAGUUCGAAAACUACUCGACUUACAUGAAAGCAAGCGGUAUCUUCAGCACCGCAGCUGUGUUACUCAUAUUUACCCUCAACGCUGCCACCAUCGUCUUCAGCAACUUCUGGCUCAGCACUUGGAUCGAACAGGGCGACGGGACCCAGGGCAGCUUGAAUGGAGGAAACAGUACCAGUAGUGGCAGUCUGGCGGAUAACCCGGACCUGGAGUACUAUGUCUCGGUGUUCGGUGGGACAGCCGUACUGAUGCUGAUGAUGGUCAUCCUCAAGUCAUGGCUCUUCAGUAAGGCGACUCUUGCUGCCUCCUACCAUUUAUACAGAAAGGUUUUCAAGUCUGUCUUCAGUAGUCCCAUGAGCUUUUUUGACACGACCCCGACGGGUAGAAUCCUCAAUCGCUUCUCCAGAGACACUGACAACGUUGACGUGCAGCUUCCCCUGGUUGUCAACAUCCUGAUGACCGACUUGUGGAACGCUGUCGCGGCGUUCGUCGCCAUCGCAAUUGUCAUGCCGUUCUUCCUGGUAGCUGUUGUCGUGCUGUUUGUCAUCUUUUACGCCCUGUACUGCCUCUUCCAGGCCAUCAUUAGAGAACUCAGAAGGUUGGAGAACACCCUUAGGACGCCGUGGCUGUGUCACGUGACCGAGACCCUGAAUGGUCUCACUACGAUCCACGCCUUUAAAAUGGACGAAGCUUUUGUUAAGAAGUUCAACGGUUUGAUGGAUAAUUACAUCAACAUCUUCUAUCUGGCGGAGAUGGGCGGACACUGGGUAGCAUCUCGUGUGGAGAUGAUCGCCCUCGCCCUCACUGUCCUCAUGACACUGACGGUGGUGCUUCUUCACGGGAGCAUCCCAGCCACACAGGCCGGCCUGGCCAUCACCUAUGCCUUACAGGUGUCUGGAAUGAUGCAGUUUAUGAUGACGGAUGCCGCCGAUGCACAGGCGACAUUCACCUCCGUGGAACGUCUGAGAUACUACAUCACGAACCUUACGGCUGAGGCCCCGGAUGUUAUCGAAGACCGAGACCCUGAAGCAUCUUGGCCGAGUCAGGGCGAAAUUCAGCUGCACAAUCUGAGCAUGCGCUACAGGGAGAACCUCCCUCUCGUCCUCAAAAGCAUUUCCUGCAACAUCCGGUCACGUGAGAAGAUUGGCAUUGUGGGACGAACUGGAUCAGGAAAAUCGUCCCUCGGUGUAGCGAUCUUCCGAUUGGUCGAGCCUGCGGAAGGCACCAUCUACAUCGACGGGGUUGACGUGAGUAAGAUCGGGCUGAGCGCGCUACGCAGUAAGCUGUCAAUCAUCCCACAGGACCCUGUACUGUUCGUCGGCACCGUCAGGUACAACCUGGACCCGUUCAACCAGUACAGUGAUGACCAGAUGUGGAGAGCACUGGAACGUGUGUACAUGGAUGGCGCCAUCCGAGCUCUUGAUUCAAACCUGGACUCAGUUGUGGUGGAAAAUGGUGAGAAUUUCUCUGUCGGUGAGAGACAGCUGCUGUGUAUGGCCAGGGCCCUACUGCGGAACUGUAAGAUCCUAAUUCUAGACGAGGCGACUGCGGCUAUCGACUCGGAGACGGACAGUCUGAUCCAGACCACGAUCCACGAGGCGUUUGCAGACUGCACCAUGCUGACCAUCGCGCACAGGCUCAACACCGUCAUGACGUCACACAGGGUCAUGGUCAUGGAGGACGGACAGUUGUCGGAAUUCGACACCCCUCGUGCUCUUUUGACCAAUGAGAGCUCACGAUUUGCUGCCAUGGUGAAGGCUGCUGGGAUUGACGUCACCAAGUAUAUCACCAUGGAGAUGGGUGACGUGUCUGAGAAGAACAGUCAGCAGACGUCUGAGGGCGAGGUUUAG